AUGAACAAUCAAAAUGCCGGCUCGGACCAGAUGUCACCAGAAUCGGAUAUCGGCAUGUCGGCCAGUUCCUCCGACUCGGACUGGCCUGACGAUCACGAACAUGGGUUGGAUGGCAGUGUCGAAAGGAUAUGGAAGCGUACCACGAAACCAGUUGCGGCAAUCUUCGUCCAUGCAGGUGCAGGGUACCAUAGCGUUGCGAAUGAAAAGGUUCACUUGGAGGCAUGCAGCGAAGCCUCCCGUGUUGCAAUGAGGUUUUUGAAAGCCGGUGCUUCUGCUCCCGAGGCCGUCGAAGCUGCCAUCAAGUGUUUGGAGGACAAAGAAAUUACGAAUGCUGGCUUCGGAAGUAAUCUCAACAUGGAUGGGGUUGUCGAAUGCGACGCAACUGUGGUCGACCAUCUGGGAAGGAGUGGUGCUUGUGGCGCUGUUCCCGGUAUCAAAAACCCUAUAUCGCUUGCCAAAUUGAUCCUUGACAAAAGUAGCCAGCCUCUUUCCCUCCGCAGAGUACCGCCAAAUAUUCUCGUGGGCCUAGGAGCUAGGGACUUUGCCGAAGAACACGGAAUGCCCAUCGUACCGAACGAAUAUCUGAUUUCGAAAAACGCAAAGGAUCGGUUUCUCCGCUGGAAAGAAGACCUGAAAAAAGCGGAGGCGAGACAGACCACCGCAAGUAGUAGCUCCUCUCACAUCUCACAGUUUUCCGGCAAAAAUCUAGAGACGCAUCGCCCGUCGCCGACACCGAGUGACUACGAAAAAGCGGCAGACACGUUAAACGCUUCCACUUUACGCCGGGACCACUCAAGUGCGAUUUUGACUGGGAUAUGGAACGAGGGCCAGCCCGACUCGCCUUAUGGUAGAGGGUCCCCUUUACAGGGUGAAAAUGGAGGACUUGGAAGUGUCCCUUUAACAACACCCCGUCCGCCCCAGAGAAGUCUUACCAACCCAAACAACCCAGUUGAUCGAGCUGCCAUGAACCAUGUGUCAUCUGCUUUUCACUCACGCGUCACUACUGGUAGUCCAGCCACUACCAAGAGGACAGUAGUACGUCACAGCCACAGUGAAGAUAUUAGCUAUUUCGCGGCUACUGCGAACAACCCGAGGAGAUCUCCGCCACUGUCGACUCACGAUGGGUUUGUGAGCGGGAAGGAAGAGGAACAUAGUCGGAAACCUGAAGCUAUGGAAAUGGCAUUGGGGGAACAGUUGUUUGCGACCGGCCAGAUCAGUGGCCCGCUACUUUCGAGUGUACCGGUACAAGAGUUGGAUGAUGAUCUGAUAACCGACACCGUCGGCGCAAUUGCCAUUGACUUCAAGGGGAAAAUCGCCGCGGGCUCCUCUUCCGGCGGCAUCGGCAUAAAGCACCGCGGUCGCAUCGGUCCUGCUGCCCUCGUCGGGAUCGGAACGGCUGUGAUCCCUGAGGAUCCCGACGACCACACGGGCACGUCGGUAGCCGCCGUCACAAGUGGAACAGGGGAGCACAUGGCGACCUCGAUCGCCUCAGCAAAAUGUGCAGAGCGGCUGUUCGAGAGCAGUCGACGUGGCGUUGGAGGACACAGCAUAUCGGAGCUAGAUGAGCAUGCGCUGCUAGAGGCUUUUAUUCUGGACGAUUUCAUGGGCCAUCCGGGCGUCAAGAACCAACCGUCAGCGGGUGCAAUUGGAGUCAUGACUGUCAAGAAAGAUCGGACUGGAUACUACUUUUACUUUGCUCACAACACCGAUUCUUUUGCGUUAGCCAGCAUGGCGUCAACGGAACGAGAGCCAAGUGUUGUGAUGUCGAGGCUAGGAGAGCUUGGGCCGGUGGCUCAGGGUGGACGCAGGAUUCGGAUUGAUUGA